AUGCUCACAGACAACGGCAACAUGCAGGCAGAUCCUUCGGAUGAGGACCUGCCUCAGCCCCAGCCCGGUCUAGACAUCCCCCGCCCGCAGGCCCGCUCCCUUCUGCAGACCUUCUGCAGCUUCCUAACCAUGACGCUGCACACGCUCAUCUUCCACCGGGCCCUCUACCCGCGGCCGACGUUCCUCAUGGCGCGGCACAACAACCUCGUCGUGCCCCAAUCCCGCCACCCGGCCGUGUGCGCCUGGAUCAACGACGCCGUAGGCCAGGUGGCGCCGCUGCUGGCCGUGGGCCGCCUGGCCAAGGUGACCAUCAACUUCCACCUGCCGCGCAGCCUCCAGGUCGUCGACCGGUGGGUCAUUGACGUGAGCCACUUCCCGGCCUGGAUCGACGAGGACGAUGUUGCCGUUCUCGCGGGCGGCGGCCAGCAGCAGCAGCAGCAGCAGCACGUCAGCAGUCGGGGCAGGGAUCGUCUCAUCGUCGCAUGGGAGCAGCAGGAGAAGAGGCGCACACGCGCCCGCCGGGAGGACGAGGCUGAAAGGGAGCUCGCCGAGCUCGAGAGGGCCGUCAACUGGGUCGACGUCGACGAGGCCGUACGCGGCGCCCUCAGCAGGAUCGGGAGCGCAGCCGCGACAAAGGGCCCUCUGCCCGAGGACAGCACCUUCACCGUGGCCGUCGAGCUGCGCGAGGAUGCCCCUGUGCCCAUUGGCCAUCCCCAACACUGGAUCCCCUCAGACCCGUCACUGCAGUAUGGCGCCGACCCGCUGUCCGUUGACGCGGGCCCUCUUUUUUGGGAGUGCUGGGUCGAGGAGUGCCCGUCAGUACAGCCUACAGAAACAGUGGCAGCAGCACCACCACCACCAUCACAAGAAGACAGCGCCCGUCAAUCAAAUUCGACAUGA